AAGUUGGCAAAAAUAAUUUUCGCCGAACAGACACUUAAGGAAGUAAAUGAAAUCCCCAACUUAACAAAACUAAUCAAAUCAUCCUCGGUUAAUUUUUAAAGUUAAGCAUUUGACAAGAGUGUGAAACCCAGAAACAUUACAUCAUUUGGUAAGUAGUUUUUACUUUCCUAUAAAUUCCUGAAGUUGACAAUACUGAUGCCAUACCCAUAUACGUUACUUUUUCCCUGCACCAUUGGCCAUUGGGUGUGUGUUUAAAGGGAAGUGCCUCUCAAUGUUAUCCCAUCUUUCAUUGUGUAAUUAAUCAUUACUUUUUCCGGCAAUGACAAUGAUCAUGUUCACGGGUGGUGGAAACUCAUUGAAACUUGCUCAUGCAUUCUUUAUACUUUUAGUUUUAGUGCACUUGAGACCACCCUUGGAUUUAUUUCAGGGGUUGGGGUUGGAGAUGCUAACAAUAUCAGGUGCCCAAAGAGAGAGAGACAAGUGCUCCUUAAAUUCAAAAAAGCCCUUGUUGAUGACUAUGGCCGACUCUCUUCAUGGAACUACUGCAAUUGGAAAUGAGUUCACUACAGCAACCAAACUGAUCAAGUACUUGAGCUUCAUCUAAGUGAACAUCGUUUUAAUGGAGACCAACCUUUGCGAGGUAUGAUUAGCCCUUCCCUACUUGAGUUGCCUGAUUUGACUUUUUUGGAUCUUAGUGAAAAUGACUUUAAUCAGAGCAAUCUCCCUGAGUUCAUUGGGUCUCUAAGUAACUUAAAACACCUUGAUCUCUCUUGGGCCAAUCUCAGUGGGCCAAUUUCACAUCAGCUUGAAAACCUUUUGCACUUGCAAUUUCUUAAUCUCAAGGGGAAUGAUUUGAUAAUUAUUGAAAAUCUUGAAUGGUUGCCUCAUUUGCCUUCAAUAGAAUACCUUGAUCUAACUUCCCUAUAUCUUAGUGCCGUCAAUGAUUGGCUAGAAGUUGUGAGCUAUCUUUCAAAUUUAACAACCUUGAGCUUAUGGGGAUGUGAUCUUCCUUCCCAGAGGUUCUCAUCUCUUUCUGGUUUCAAUUAUUGGAAAUCUCUUUCUUCUCUUGAAAGUUUGAAUCUCGAUACCAAUAAACUUGUUAGCCUUCCAAAAUCAAUUGGGGAUAUAUGUACUUUACGCAAAUUGUAUUUUUUGUUUAAUAAUCCCAAUAUACAGCUUGUUGAGCUUAUCAAUAACUGGUCUAGAUGUGUAGAAGACUCAUUAGAGAAUUUGAGAUUAUCAUAUAAUCAACUUACGGGAUCGUUGCCUAAUUUUGCAUUAUUUCCAUUGUUAAAAUAUCUUGAUCUUUCAAAGAAUUUUCUAAAUGGGAUUGUACCCAAAAGCAUUGGAAAUCUAUAUAAGCUUGAGUGUUUGGAUUUGUCCUCGAAUUUUCUACAAGGCACCAUGUCUGAACCCCAUUUCUCAAAUCUCUCUAAAUUAUGGUAUCUAGACAUAUCCAAUAAUUCUCUUGCUUUGGAAUUCAACUUCAAUUAGGUUCCCCCCUUCCAAUUCGAAGUAAUAUAUUUGGCAUCUUGCAAGUUAGGGCCUAGAUUUCCAAGUUGGAUUCAAACUCAAAGGAAUGUUUCCGUCCUACAAAUCCUCAAUGCUGAAAUUUCUGAUACCAUACCAAUAGAGUGGUUUGCAGACCUGCCUCCUACAUUGGAAUUUUUAGAUCUUUCUAGAAACCGAAUUCAUGGUCGGUUACCGAAUGUGUCAACAGUGAAUUCAAAUGGUAUUGGAUUUGAUUUGAGUGCUAACAGUUUAGAGGGUCCACUGCAACUUUUCACAGCUAAUCUCAAGAUCUUGAAACUCUCUAAAAACCGGAUUUCAGGGUCAAUUUCAUGUCUUUGCAAAAUCAAUGGUCGUUCGUUGACUUUUCUAGAUCUAUCCCAUAACUUAUUUUAUGGUCAGAUUCCAAAUUGUUUAAGGCAUUGGCAUGAGCUAGUCGUUUUGAAUUUGGCUGGCAACAAAUUCUCUGGUGAAGUUCAAACUCUUUGGGCAGGCUGUCUAACCUCGAAACUUUGAAGUUGUUUAAUAAUAGUUUCUCCGGAAACUUACCUUCGGCCCUGAAAAAAUGCAGUUCUUUAAAAGUUAUAGAUUUGGGAGACAAUAGAUUCUCUGGAAAAGUACCUGCAUGGAUUGGGGAAGGCCUGCCAAAGUUGAUCGUUCUAAUCCUACGUUCCAAUAAGUUUGAUGGAAGCAUACCGUUGAAUCUAUGUUGGUUGACAUAUCUAAAAACCUUGGACCUCUCUGUAAAUGACAUAUCUGGAACCAUACCAUUCUGCCUAAACAAUUUCACGGCCAU